CAGUCUAUUCACUUGUAAAAGAGAGCAGCUAUUGGCAGAUAGUUGGCAGGCUGCACAGAGAGGCCAUUCUCCCCGGUAGGAAGGAGCUGAGAACACUGCCUCGGAAAUGGUCCUCUCUGAAUAUUUUGAUGGAGAGACGCUGGAUGCCCUCUCAGUGGUCUUUUUCUCCAGUCAGUAGACUGGACUUAUUUUGUAAAUAAAUGAUAUUGCUGACGUUAAUAGGUGUUUCUGGAGGACAUGCUAAGAGACUUGAUGUGGUUAUAACUAUGGUUACGUCUGGGCGGGGGACCUGGGUCCUCUCUCCUUAUGUCCUUGUGCUGGUCAUCUGUUCCUCUGUCUGUCUGUCCCAGCAGCCUCAUACAAAUUCGACGGACUGCAGUCGAGAGGAACAUCCUCUAAUCUCUUACCAAGCACUGAGACCAUGGAUGUCAGAGUUCUUCCAUCCAGGAGUAAAGGAUUUUUCCCAGCUGGCCAUGGACUUGAGCAGGAACAACCUCAUAGUAGGAGCAAGAAAUUUUCUCUUCAAACUGAGUUUGAGCAACGCAUCCCUAAUACAGGCGUCGGAAUGGGCACCUGAUGAAGAAACAAGACGUUCAUGUCAGAGCAAGGGCAAAACCGAGGAGGAGUGUUUAAACUACGUCCGGGUUUUGUUGAUGAGUGAGGAAACACUCUUCACAUGUGGGACUAAUGCCUUCACACCGGUCUGCACCAGUAGGCAGAUUGCUGACAUCAGUCGGGUGGUGGACACAGUAAAUGGUGUUGCUCGAUGUCCCUAUGACCCACGGCACAAUUCCACCGCCAUGGUAACAAAGAAAGGCGAGUUGUAUGCCGCCACGGUUAUUGACUUCUCGGGACGUGACCCUGUGAUCUACAGGAGUCUGGGGAACAUGCCGCCACUGCGCACCGCGCAGUACAACUCAAAGUGGCUAAAUGAGCCUCAUUUUGUGUCCGUUUAUGAGAUUGGUCGAUUUGUGUACUUCUUCCUGAGGGAAACUGCUGUUGAAAAUGACUGUGGGAAAAUGGUGUUCUCACGUGUGGCGCGAGUUUGUAAGAACGACAUGGGCGGACGUUUCCUUUUAGAGGACACCUGGACCACCUUCAUGAAGGCCAGGCUCAACUGCUCACGCUCUGGAGAAAUCCCCUUUUACUACCAUGAGCUACAAAGUACCUUCUACCUACCAGAGCAGGACCUGAUCUACGGGAUCUUCACCACCAAUGUGAACAGUAUAUCAGCUUCUGCUGUGUGCGCCUUCAAUCUCAGCUCCAUUACUCAGGCCUUCAAUGGACCGUUCCGCUACCAGGAGAAUCCCCGCACUGCCUGGCUAGCCACCCCAAACCCAAUAGCCAACUUUCAGUGUGGUACACUGGAGGAGGGCGGGCCCAGCGGGAACCUGACAGAGCGCAGUCUACAGGAUGCUCAGCGGCUCUUCCUGAUGAAUGAUGUGGUCCAGCCAGUAACCAUCAACCCCCUGCUGAUCCAGGACAACCUACGAUUGUCCAAGAUGGUGGUGGACAUCGUGCAGGGCCGUGACAUGCUCUAUCAUGUCAUGUACAUCGGAACAGAAUAUGGCACCAUCCUCAAGGCUCUCGCCACAACCAAUAAAGUCUAUGGUUGUUACCUGGAGGAGCUUAGGAUCCUCCCUGAUGGGGCACGACGACCAAUCAGGAGCAUGCAAAUCCUGCACAGUGAUAGGUCUCUAUUUGUGGGACUUGAUGACAGAUUGGUGAAGAUUCCAUUAGAGCGCUGCACUAGCUAUUCAACAGAAUGGCACUGCCUCGACGCACGGGACCCCUAUUGUGGUUGGGAUCUGAAAAAGAAACGCUGCACCACCAUCGAACACAGUUCCAACAUGAACCAGUGGACCCAAAACAUCACGCAGUGCCCAGUGAGGAAUAUGACACAGGAUGGUGGCUUUGGCCCUUGGACACCUUGGCAACCCUGUAACCAUGGUGAUGGUGAAGGCUCUAUCAGCAGCUGUGUGUGUCGAUCCCGCUCAUGUGAUGGACCCGUUGCUCAGUGUGGUGGAGUUGAAUGUAGCGGUCCAACCAUCCAGGUGGCAAACUGUUCCAGGAAUGGUGGCUGGACUCCCUGGUCCACUUGGAGCCAGUGCAGCAGCAGUUGUGGUAUUGGAUUUGAAGUGAGGGAUCGAUCCUGCAACAAUCCUUCACCUCGGCACAGUGGUCGAGUCUGUGUUGGCCACGAUCGAGAGACAAGGAUGUGUAACAAGAAGAUGCCAUGUCCUCUGCCAGUAUUAUGGACAGUGUGGGGUCCCUGGGCUAAAUGCAGUGCUGAAUGUGGAGGUGGGGUCCAAUCCAGGACGCGGACCUGUGAGAAUGGCAACAGUUGUCCUGGAUGUGCCAUGGAGUAUGAGGUCUGUAAUUUAGAGGCGUGCCCUGAGGUACGCCGUAACACCCCCUGGACACCUUGGAUGCCAGUCAAUGUCAGUCAAGAUGGGUCACGACAAGAACAGCGACUCCGUUAUACAUGCCGGGCGCUGCUACCUGACCCACAGCAGCUCCAGCUGAGCAAGAAGAAGCUGGAAACCCGGUUCUGCCCCAAUGAUGGGUCUGGAACCUGUCACACUGACUCUCUUGUUGAAAACUUGGUGAAGGCAAGUGGACAAACCCAGUCCCAAGGUGCACGCUGGGGACCUUGGGAAAUGUGGUCCAGCUGUUCCCAGCAGUGUUUGAGAGGAUUAAGAACACGAAAGCGUGGCUGCUUCACACACGAGGGCAGGACCAAUCCCAGUGCCUGUGUCGGAUCACCGGUGGAGUAUCAGGACUGCAACCUUCAUCCCUGCCCAGUCAGUGGAUCCUGGUCCUGCUGGUCUUCAUGGUCCCAGUGCUCAGCUAGUUGUGGGAGUGGACACUACCAGCGGACUCGAAUGUGCAAUAGUCCACCCCCUUCCAAUGGGGGAGACAUCUGUAUAGGACUGCACACUGAGGAGGCCCUCUGCAACAUACACAUCUGUGACGGUUGGGCUGAGUGGACAGAGUGGGGAGAUUGCGAUGAUCAGCGACUACAGCAUCGCAUUCGGCACUGUGCUGCAGAUGAGGAGGCCAGGCUGUGCCAGGGUAACAUCACCCAGUCCAGGCCAUGCCAGCCCCAUGAGGUGUCAGUCAUUUUACCUGGACAGGAGGACCAGACUUGUGGAACCUUUACUUUAUUCCAGUUAGUGGCAGUGGGGUUAGCCAGUUUUUUUGCCACUGCAUUACUUUCGGCACUGGCCUACACUUACUGCCACCACCUGAACCGACCCUCAGCAGAGUCGGCAGUCAUCCAUCCCAGCACACCCAACCAUCUCACCUACAACAAACCUGCUAACGCUACACCAAAGAACGAGAAGUACAUCCCCAUGGAGUUUAAGACACUAAACAAGAACAAUCUGCAUGUGAACGAUGAGACAUGCAACCACUUCACCUCCUCACUGCCAUCCAGCAAUAUGUACUCCACCACCUACUACCCCUCCAGCCUGAGCAAGUAUGACUUCCAUCCUGACUCCCCCUGCAGGAACUACAUGCACAGCUGAGAUCAGGCCAUAGCAAAACCAUGACA